AUGAUCAGCGCCGUGACGUCCCCCUUUGCUAGUACGACCACCACAAUAACUAGCGCCCCCUCCUCCAACUCAACCACGAGGAGUAACACCAAUAGCAUCGUCAUCCACGGUCUUCCGCCCGUGUCGCUCCCCUUACCGCUCCCUUUCAAACUCACUGACGUUGACCUGCUCCGCCGCGACUGCCACGUCCACGGCGAAUGGGUUUCCUCCCGUAAUGACAAGCGUUUUGCCGUCCUCGACCCGGGCACCGGUCGUGUGUGGGCGGCGUGUCCAGACAUUACGAGAGAUGACCUUCAUACCAUCAUCAAGUCCUCGUUCUCGGGCUUCCAGGGCUUCUCAACUACUCCGGUCCAAGAGCGCGCUCGCCUGCUGACUUCCUGGCACCACCUCAUCCUUGCGAGCCGUAUCGACCUAGCCACCAUCCUCGUCCACGAAACUGGGAAGCCGUUGAAUGAGGCGCUCGCCGAAGUUGACUACGGCGCCGGACUGGUCCGUUGGUUCGCCGGCGAGGCAGAGCGUCUCGAUCCGGCUUCGCCGUUACCGUCGCCAGCCCCAUCGCCGACUGAGUCUCCCGUAUCCUCUCCCAUAUCCGACAACAGCGCUGCUCCGACCAUUCCCACACCAGGGACCGGUGCCUUUCCGGGGAAACGGGGCGCGAUCCUCAAGCAACCGAUCGGCGUCGUUCUUGCCCUGAUUCCAUGGAGCUUUCCUCUCGCACUCACACUCCGGAAAUCCGCUGCAGCGAUGGCGGCUGGCUGCACUGUCAUCGUCAAGCCGUCCUCAGAAACACCUCUCUCGGCACUCGCCUUGGCCUGCCUAGCAGACCGCGCGGGCUUUCCACCUGGUGUGCUCAAUGUCCUGACAACAAGCCUGGGUAAUACGCCGGUGGUAUCCGAAUCGCUGUGCAUGCACCCGCUCGUCAAGGCCGUGAGCUUCACGGGAAGCGCCCGGGUAGGGAAGCGAGUCGCAGCGUCCUGCACCCGUAACCUGAAGCGAUUGUCGUUGGAUCUAGGUGGAAACUGCCCCUUCCUCGUAUUUGAAGAUGCGGACCUCGAGCAGACUGCUAAAGACCUCGCGGCGCUCAAAUGGCGACACGCGGGACAGGCAUGCGUAGCGCCGAACCGGUGUUACAUCCAGCGGCGGGUAUAUGAGCCAUUUUCGAACUUGCUCAUCACCGAGACCCGGAAGCUGAAGCUCGGACACGGGAUGGCGAAGGAGACGACUUUGGGGCCUGUGACAACGAUCCGCGGGCUGUACAAGGCAGAGGCGCUGUGCAAGGAUGCCAUGAGCAAAGGAGCUGUCAAGCUACUUGGCACAGGGAGGCGGGAACCUGGAGAUGGGUACUUUAUGGCGCCGACUAUAUUAGGAGAUAUGACAGAUGGGAUGCUGAUGUGUCGGGAAGAGGUCUUUGCACCAGUCCUGGGGUUAUACGUAUUCGAUACCGAGAACGAGGUUGUAAUCAGGGCGAACGACACGCCGGUUGGGCUGGCAGGAUACGUCUUCACCAACAAUCAAGACAGACUCUGGAGGAUAUUUGAUCGACUAGAAGCCGCGGUAGUUGGAAUGGUCUGUUUUCUCGCCCCCUUGAUUGUAACUUUGCGAGGUCGGUGGAAGCGGACGACUGACUAUUCGACAGAACACUGUUUCCUUGGUGAUGGAUACACCGGUCCCAGCAGGAAACAACGGCAAUGGAUACACGCCGGGGCAAGCCACAGCCUUGGACGAAUUUUUGAUCACAAAAGCAGCCGCGAUGCCACCAUCAUGAGCGACAUACCAGCACAGGUGUAG